AUGAAAACAAUGUUUUUAAUGUAUGCUAUCGUGGCGUGCUCCUGCUGCUACCUGUUGGUCAGCGGCACACUCUCCAAAACAGACCCGAAAAGGAUUCCGGACGAUGUGCUGGAAAACGCGUCAUCCCCAGCAUCAGAAUCUGUGUCGGAGAGAGAACUGGUGGUGACAGCAGUUCAUUGGAAGGAUGUUGUAAAGGAGGAGAAGAGAUACUGGGCUAAAAUCAAAAAGAAUUUUAAAGGAGCAGUGCUUGGUUAUGUUACGCCAUGGAAUUCCCACGGGUAUGACAUCGCAAAGCUGUUUGGCCCCAAGCUGACCUCAGUGUCUCCGGUGUGGCUUCAACUUCACCGACGCUGGCGUGAGCAUUUCGAGGUCACGGGCCUACACGACCAUGACGAAAGCUGGGUCGAAGCGGUGCGCAAUUCCAACAAAGAAGUCAGGAUUGUACCCAGGCUGCUGUUUGAUGAUUGGUCCUAUCAGGAUUACGUGAGCGUGAUGUCCAGUGAAGAUGAGAUCGAGGAGCUGGGAAGUGUGUUGGUACAAGUUGCAAAGUCAGAAAAAUUUGAUGGCUACACCUUGGAACUUUGGACCCAGCUGGCAGGCCACAAAAGAAAGGAACUGGUGCAUUUAAUAACGCACACAUGUGAAACGCUGAGGGCUAACCAAUUAGACUGCAUCCUCGUCAUUCCUCCCCCUGUGACGAGCACAGGAAAGCCCGGCAUGUUUGGCAGGGAGGAGUUUGAGCAACUUGUCCAAGUAGUGGACGCCUUCAGCCUCAUGACGUACGACUACUCCAGUGGUUUAAAACCGGGCCCGAAUGCUCCUCUGUCCUGGGUGAAAGAAUGUAUUCUCCAGCUGGCCCCCAACAAGGAGUGGAGGUCUAAGAUACUACUCGGGCUUAAUUUGUAUGGAGUGGACUUUGCAAACCAGCAAACGGAGCCUGUCAUCGGGGGAAGGUACAUCGAGAUUUUACGGGAACACAAGCCAAAAAUCGUCUGGGAUGACUUUAAUGCUGAGCACUUCUUCACCUACAAGAAAAAUAAUGCAGUUAAACACGUGGUGUACUAUCCAUCAUUGAAGUCACUGUUUUUGAGGAUUGCUUUGGCAAAAAAAUUUGGCACCGGCAUCUCCUUAUGGGAACUGGGACAAGGACUGGACUACUUCUAUGACCUCUUUUGA